AUGUCAGAGUUCAGCUGGGCCCUGCUUCUCCUCUCCAUGCUGGUCCUGCUCACACAGCCUUCAAGGUCAUGGGGAGCAGAGGUGAAGAGCCUUUCCCAGAAACCUUUGAUUGAUGACUGCACCCUGGUGAUGUGUAACCCUGUGGAGAAAAGCCUGCCUGGUCAUGAUGGACGAGAUGGGAAAAAGGGCCCCCGAGGCGAGAAGGGGGAUCCAGGUUCACCAGGAGCUACAUGGCCAAUGGGGAUGUCUGGGCCUGUUGGCCCAGUUGGACCCAAAGGAGACAACGGUCCUGCUGGAGAACCUGGACCGAAGGGAGACUCGGGGCCACGUGGACCUCCGGGACCUCCAGGUGUGCCCGGGCCGGCUGGACCAGAGGGUCCCUCAGGAAUGCCAGGGAAUGUAGGACCCCAAGGAGAAUCAGGCCCCAAAGGAGAGCCUGGGCCCAAAGGAGAAGUGGGUGCCCCAGGGGUGCAGGGCUCUGCAGGGACAAGAGGCCCCCCAGGUCCCAAAGGAGAGAAAGGUGCCCCUGGUGAGCGUGGAGACCCUGGGCGUGCAGGGGCAGCAGGGCCUGUAGGACGUUCAGGCCCACAGGGACCUCCAGGCGCCAGGGGCUCCCGAGGACUGAUGGGGGACAGAGGUGCUCCUGGGGAGAGAGGACCAAAGAGAGAGAGUGGACUUCCAGAAAUCGCUGCUCUGAGGCGGCAGGUGGAGGCCUUGCAGUGGCAGGUAGGACACCUUCAGAGAGCCUUCCUUCAGUAUAAGAAAGUGGAGCUCUUCCCCAGUGGCCGAGAUGUUGGCCAGAAGGUCUUCAAGUCAGCAGGCUUUCUGAAAACUUUUUUUGAAGCACGGCAAGUGUGUGCACAGGCCGGGGGGCAGCUGCCCUCCCCACGCUCUGCAGCUGAGAACCACGCCUUGCAACUGCUGCUCGAUGUUGAGAACAAGGGUGCUGUGUUCCUGAGCAUGACUGACUUCAAGACAAAGGGCUGGUUCACCUACCCAGGAGGGAAGCCCCUGGUCUAUUCCAACUGGGCCCCUGGCGAGCCCAACAACGAUGGAGGCAAUGAGCGCUGUGUGGAGAUGUACACCAACGGCAAGUGGAACGACAAGAACUGUGGAGUGAAUCGCCUUGUGAUCUGCGAGUUCUGAGCCCUCAGGGUGGGUGGGGCAGCCGUGGUGCAGGAGCCUGGCCCAGACCCUUGUGCUGCCGACAUGACAAGGAAG